UUGUUCCAGCUCUAUUGAAAACAAAGCAAUUAUCUAGGUCUUUUGACCAGUAUUUAAUUUAAUUUCGCUGGCAAAAGUCGCGCCUUAAUUACCAACUAAUUACAUAUUUACCUCCCCUCCCCCGAUUGCUUGUUGGCCUGUGCAGAUUCUUCUUUUGCAUGUCGACCGGACGGGCAAAGGAAAGAUAGCACGGAGAACAACAACGCAGGUGAAUUGACCUCGCGACGAAGGAGGAGCACAUCGAGAUGCAGAGCUACGGCUCCGGAGCCCAGGCAGCUCCGGCCGUGAAGCGCCGUACGGACAGCUACGAGGCUGCCCAGCAGCAGCAACAGUCUCCGGAGAGCGAGGAGGAGUAUGUGAACACCAGGAUCCUGCGUCGCCAGGUGCAGAUGCAGUCCACUCCCGUGGCACCCGUGGUGCCUAUGCCCGUGUCCGGUGGCAGUGGUUCUGCUCCGGCCUCCGUGGACGGGCGUGAGGAGCAGCCCGAGUUUCCCGGAUCCUCGGCCGCAUCCUACCAGGAGGAGAGAAUGCGGCGGAAGCUGCAGUUCUUCUUCAUGAAUCCCAUCGAGAAGUGGCAGGCCAAGCGCAAGUUUCCCUACAAGUUCGUCGUGCAGAUUGUAAAAAUCUUUCUGGUGACGAUGCAACUGUGCCUUUUUGCCCACUCGCGGUAUAACCACAUCAACUACACGGGUGAUAACCGAUUUGCCUUCUCGCAUCUCUUCCUGCGGGGAUGGGACUCUUCCCGGGAGGUGGAAAGUUAUCCGCCUGCGGUGGGUCCCUUUGCGCUAUACCUAAAAUCAGAGUUUUUCGACACUGUACAGUAUGCCGUCGAUGGCUAUGCUAAUGUGAGCCGAUCGAUUGGACCUUACGACUACCCCACGCCCAACAACACUAUGCCGCCGCUGAAGCUGUGCCUGCAGAAUUACAGAGAAGGCACAAUUUUCGGCUUUAACGAGUCCUACAUAUUCGAUCCCCACGUCGACGAGGUGUGCGUGAGCCUACCGCCGAACGUGACAACCAUUGGGGUAGAGAAUUAUCUCAAACAGCGCGACGUUGAGGUCAAUUUCGCAUCACUAGUCUCCGCGCAGCUGACAUUUAAGAUUAAGACGGUGAACUUCAAGGCCAACGGUGGUCCGCUGUCUGCCCCCGAUUGUUUUCGUUUUGACAUUUCCAUAAUGUUUAACAAUCGAGACCACGACGGGCAGAUGCUGCUCUCACUGGACGCGGAGGCGACGCGACUAAAGUGCCACGGGGCCACAGACUUUAUAUCGGAGGCCAAUUUCGAUUCCAUGCUGCGGAGCGUACUCAAUAUAUUCGUACUUCUAACCUGCGCAUUAUCGUUUGCUCUAUGCACAAGAGCAUUGUGGAGAGCUUACCUUCUGAGAUGUACAACUGUCAACUUUUUCCGAUCGCAUUUCGGCAAGGAGCUGAGCUUCGAUGGCCGCCUGGAGUUUGUUAACUUUUGGUACAUCAUGAUAAUCUUUAAUGACGUCCUUUUAAUCAUUGGAUCAGCUCUGAAAGAGCAAAUCGAGGGAAGGUACAUGGUGGUGGACCAAUGGGAUACAUGUUCGCUUUUCCUGGGAAUCGGCAACUUGCUUGUGUGGUUUGGGGUGCUGCGCUACCUCGGCUUCUUCAAAACCUACAACGUUGUGAUACUGACGCUGAAGAAGGCGGCGCCAAAGAUUCUACGCUUCCUCAUCGCCGCCUUGUUGAUAUAUGCGGGAUUCGUCUUCUGCGGUUGGUUGAUUCUGGGACCCUACCAUAUGAAGUUCCGAUCGCUGGCUACAACGUCGGAGUGUUUGUUUGCACUGAUCAACGGUGAUGAUAUGUUCGCCACGUUCGCCACGCUUUCGAGCAAGGCCACCUGGCUGUGGUGGUUCUGCCAGAUCUACUUGUACUCGUUUAUAUCUCUGUACAUUUAUGUAGUCCUGUCGCUAUUCAUUGCAGUCAUCAUGGAUGCCUACGAUACGAUUAAAGCGUAUUACAAAGAUGGUUUUCCCACCACCGAUCUCAAGGCAUUUGUCGGAACCCGCACUGCAGAGGAUAUCAGUUCCGGUGUCUUCAUGACCGAUCUGGACGACUUUGACCAGACGAACUUCCUGGAUGUGGUGAAGAGCAUUUGCUGCUGCGGACGUUGUGGACGUGAGCAGGAGCCCGUGCAGGCCAAUAGUGGUUACACCAGCCUGUCUAGUAUUAUGAAGUAACUGGGUGCGUAAUACUGAGCCCCAGAUCUUCAUUCUGUUUUGUUUUGUCAGCUUUAUGUGUGUAGUCGAACUUGUUGUUAGCUUUUUGUAUUAGUUUGUUAGUUUGCCAAAGCACUUGAACAGAGAUAAGAGUAACCACAACGUACGUACCUAUGAGAAAUUCCAAAAGCAGCUGUUCUAUUCACAAACAUUAGGUAUGUUCCGAUUUUCACUUUUGAAGAUUUGGUUUGAAUCCGUUAUGCAGAAAUAUAUAUCUUGACUGAAAACCAUUUUCUUUAAUAUUGAAGUCAAUAAUUGUAUAUACCAAAAAGACAAAAAAUUUCAAAUUGUAUUACAAAUAAUUGCCAUUUCUGCAAAAGUAAAUUUUAGUGUGGGAAUACUCCACCAGCUAUGCUGCACUGUGCGAAAUCCAAAAAACGUAAAAUUGCUUUUGUAACGAGAGAUAUUAAGUGUGUGAUAUAAGGCGGAACUAAGAUCAGAGAACAAUAGAAAUUAUAAGGGAGCUAUUUUUGUUGGGAAUAUCGACAUGGGUUUGAUCAAGAUCUUCCAUGAGAACAAAUGCAUCCGAAACGAGUUUACGUACCAAACUAAAAGUCACAGCAAAUAAAUGUACAAAAUUACACGGGUCGAUAAAAAUUAAAACACCCGGCAGUCUACGAAAAGAGUAAUUUUAGAAAGUUUUUGUUUUUCAUAAUGGAAAACGCAAUUUCUGUCGACUUGUGUUAUUUUGACAGAAGCCUUAGUUAAGAAUAUAUUAGGUAUAAUUAUUUUAUGUGUACAAGGAAAACUUUGUAUAAAUAACCAAAAACCACAAAACCAAUAAACUGUUUACAUAACUAAAA